AUGACGCCUCUGGCACAAACACGAUCAAACAUGAACGAACAAGAACAAACAAACGAACGAACCAUUAUAGAUAUUAACCAAAGUCUGCAAUUUGGUAAGAAGUUACACGAAACCGCUAAAAACAUCUGGAACAAUAGCGAUGAAGAAAUGACAGGUACAAUGAAAUUAAGAAGAAAUAUUCUAAGCGAGGCUGAUGAAGAUAUCGAUGAAGAUAACCUCGAAUCCAUAUCAAUGAGUGGUUCGUUACGCGGAAAGGCAAACAAAACAGUCAGCAAAAGUAAAAAGAACAACAACAACGCAAACAACAACACCAAUAACAACAACAAUAACAACAUAACCAACAACGACAACAAUAACGGCAACAUUAACUCGACUAAAUUUAAAAAAAGUUUCAAACUUGGUACGUUGAAAAACUUCUCGAGAACUCCGCUGAAAAAUAUUUUCUUUGGAAUCAACAGUGACCUGCACGACAAUGAAAACAACACAAAUAACAACAACAACAACAAUGACAACAACAACAACGACAACAACAACAACAAUACUGUUACUAGUACAAAUAAGGACGGAAGUACUGAUAAUGAUAGCCUGAGUAACGACAGCAACGUCAGCGGUGACGUCACGAACAACUGUCCAAUCAGCGAGGCGUUCGAUCAAGUCCAGUACAUCGUUGGGUUUGCGAUCAUGAAUCCGCAAAUGAAGGCAUACAACCUGCUACUGUUGAUGAUCGGUGUUGUUCUGCCUAGCCCGCAGAUGUUACUCUACCUAGCCAGGUUCAUUGACGACGGGCCUGCCACCAUGGUGCCGACGCUGAAGAGGGUGGUGAUGAGGACGAUCUUGAAGGGGCAGAGGUUUCAACCGCCAUCUUUUCUUGAAUACAAAUCGGUAGAGGAGAAAUCGUCGCUAGAGAUCCAAAUAACCCUGAUGGAUGGAACUGUGUUAAAUGAGGAAGUCGACGCGAGCACCACAGCCGAUGAAGUCGUCGACGUUGUGGCUACUAAGAUGAAUCUACAGCAAAAAUUCGGCUUCUCUGUUUAUAUCGCUAUGAAGGAAAAGAUCAUCUCACUGGGCUGGUCUAGCGACAAAAUAUUCGAUUCCGUAUCUCGAUGUGAGCAGAUCGAGCGGGAGCGGUCCUCAACGACCUCCUUCACACCCGGCAACAACAAAUAUGCCGGCUGGAUCAACUUCGCUACGAACAUCGCUCAAAAACUUAACCGGAAAACAAUCAGUAGUCGAAACGGCACGGUUAACGGUAACAACAUCCACAACAACAACAACAACGUUAACAAUAACAAUUGCCCAGACAAAUCAACAACAAACACAUUUCACAACAGCAACAGCAGUAACUACAUUGGUCAGUCAAAUGGACUCUCAAACAACAACAACACCUUCGAUAAUUUCAAUUAUUCCCUCAAAGAUGGCAACAACUACAAUCCCUGCUGGAAGUUGUUCGUAAGGAAGGAAAUUUUCACGCCCUGGGAAGAUGACGUCACUGAAGAUCCGGUGGCAGCACAUCUCUGUUAUGCCCAGAUUUGUAGAGGGAUCAUGCUGGGGGAGUACGUCUGCGAGGCGGGUUAUGAAGUCGCUGCACUGGCUGCUCGUCAGUACUACAUCGACUAUGGUGGUGGGAUAACGGAAUCCGGUCUCAACUCGGUCAUCCGCUCCUACAUCCCACCUUCCUGGCUUCAGGGCCAACAAAACAACGUCAAAAACUGGGUGAAAGUGGUCGUGAAGUACCAUAAUACCCUUUUUGACAUUGAGGAAAAACCCUCUCAAGAAUACGUCAAGGCCGAAAUGGUUCUGGUGGCGAAAAAAAAGUGGUGUAGGAAUUUUACGAGAACAUUCGACAUUAAGCGGAUUGAAGGACUCCACUUUCGAGGUCAUCAGAGGCUGCUGUUUGGCGUGAACUCUGACGGAGUGAUUGUCUUCAGUGGUGCGACUGGAGAGGCUUUGUUCCAGGCCGAGUACUUCAAGAUCACUUCUAUUCUCAGUGCGAGUUCUAAAGAAACCGAAACUGUUGACCAAGCAAACGACCAACUUCAACUUCCAAACCAACCAAAAACAACACUCAGUUCGACCAACAACAUAGUAGGAAGUACAAGGAGAAACAGCAGUAGCAACAACAAAAUUCUAACUCUGUUGUUUGUUGACGGCACGUUGUUGAAGUUUUUCAGUUACGAUGCAACUGAGUUGCAGCAACUGAUCGAACAUUUUCGCAACGGUCUCACGCAACGAUCAACUUGGGCACUAGCGAAAGCAGGUGUCGGCAACAAAUCAACAACAGCAAUCACGGCGGAUUCCACACUGACAAUAAUAGAGGGUGACUUACUACAGCUAACGAGACCAGCUACUGAAGAAGCCCUCCCUUGCGCGGCUUGCCACUGCACCAACAUCAUCACUGGUGAGACGGGGCUGGUCCAGAGUACGAACCUGCAUGUACUCCAAAUCAUAGAGGAGCCAAGUGAUGAAGUUUUGCAAGUAUUCAGACCAGCCGGAUACGACAGGAAGAGGAAGUUUCAAAUUAGGAAAAAGACAAACAUGGAUCUGGAACUUCAAGACGUAGCUGCUAACUUGAAGACAACAACCACCACCAGCCACACUAGCCACAACAACAACAAAACCACCACUAAUGACUCUUCAGAGAGUAGAGUCUAUAAAUUUGUGGAGCCAGAGUCGUUGCCCGCCCUCCAUAUCGAUAGAGUUUAUGAGACCACAUCGGCAGCGCAGAAUUUGCAGGAAUGCAUCCCAUCACACCGGAUCAUGAAAGAGGAAAAUAAUGAAGAUACCGUGUAUUAUAUAGCAACAAAAGAGGUAAGAGUGUUGAAAAUCACCUUCCCAAGGGAAACAUUGAAACGGAACGGCUUCAACUUAGCAAAAGAAAGCUAA